GUUCGGGGCCCAACUUCAUCGAUGGCGCUUUGGCGCUUGCUCCGCCUGAGCAACCGUUACAUCAGUCUGCACGCUCUGCUCCUGCUGCGGUUCUACCUCGCGCAGUUCUACUAUCUCGGCCUCAUGCGGGUGCGCUAUGAGACGGCCAACAACACGGUGCACCUGACGCCUUAUAGCGUCACCAUGGCGCGCAUGUUGGGGCUAUUUUUCGCCUACUUCUUGAGCCUGGCCCUGCUGCACCCAUACGCACUGCUCCUGCACAUCCAGCUGCUCUUGUUUGCCUGCUGUCUGCUGGUGCAGCCGCGGACAGUGUACGAGGAGCGAAUCCGGUUGAUCAACUGCUUUCUGCGGCUGGCUCCGGAGCUGUACCGCAGGUGUCGCUGCAAGCUGCGGCUGUCCUGGAUGCUGGUGCUGCAGCUGGUCUUCCGUCUGCUCACCUUCAAGAUGUACUUUGAGACCUUCAUGCUGUCCAAGGACGCCACGUGGAAGGUCUUCUUUAUGGUCGUGUUCGUGGUGCCCGUCUCGCUGGCCAUUUGGGUGAUGGACAUGAGCACCCACCUGGUGAGCAUUGCCCUCACGAUUCUGACCAAAUCCUUUGAGCUGAUGAACGACGAGCUGGCCUCCAUCGCUGAGCAGCUGCCCGUUGGGACACUCAAGGCCGAUCACAAGGCGGUGCAGAGGCUCCAGCGCCGUCACCGAUCCCUUCAGCGUCUGCACCGAUCCUAUGCGAAGCUCACCCAGGAGCUGCUCGACUGCAUCACUCCACAGCUGGUCCUCAUCAUAGUCUACAACCUGAGCAUGAUCUACUCCCUCUCCUAUGUCCAGUGGCGGCGCAUCUUCCAGAUCGCGCUCUUGGCCAACAAUCUGCGCCAGCUCAUGCACUCCCUGUCCGCCCUGGUGGCUGCCGCAGCUGCCCCACAGGACAUCUGCUGGUUGCAGCUGGCCCGCUUGCUGCAGUUCGACGAGAUCCUCGCCACUCACGGCUGGCUGGAGCGGAGACGAUAUCGUUGGCGGCUGCAGGAUGCCGACAGUUGUAGCCAGAGCGUCAGGCGCUGCCUGCUGCAGCCCGGCCUUCAGGUGCUCGGCCUGGUUACGCCCAACCGGCAGCUGUUCUUCCGCCUGGCCUUUGCCUACUGCAGCUUCCUGCAUCUGCACUACAUGUGGAAGAAGUCAGCGGUGGUGUCCGAGAAGGACAUAACGAUUGUAGUCGAGAUUACCCAACCGAAAGGGAGAAUUUUUAGGUUAUUUUAA